AUGCCAAAACCUUCGCAAGAAAACUACGUCCCCAGUCACAAGGAAUUUAUCGUCGAAUUUGUUCCAGGGGAAUACCGGUCUUCAUUGAGAACCCGACAGGCGUUCAAGAAGGGCGAGGUUAUGGCUCCGUUGAGGGGCCUCACCAGAGGGCCCAAGCGAUACACCUCUGUUCAAUGCGGGAAAGGGCCUGAUGAUCACAUCGAACUGAAUAGCGAUCUCGUAUACAUCAAUCAUUCAUGCGACCCCAACGUCGCGUUCGAUCUAUCCUCCCGCGAUCCUAGCCAAUGGCAUCUCCGAGCAUUGAAGGAUAUCAAAGCCGGCGAAACACUCGGGUUCUUCUACCCCAGCACUGAGUGGGAUAUGGACCAGCCCUUCAAGUGUGAAUGCAAUGCCCGAUCCUGUCUUGGGACAGUCGCGGGAGCGAAAUACCUCUCCAAAACGGAGCUCCUGGCACAUGGAUUUGUGAACAAGUACAUCCUCGAACUCGCCGCUGAACGGGACGGAGAGGCGAAGCUACAGAGCCGCCUGUAG